AGAGAUUCUAGCAAAGUCAGGAAACAUUCCAGCACCUCCUCUUCCUAUUCCCUUGCCCCUCCCACUGCCCGACCACCCAACAUAUCUUCCACCAAAAAACCCCUCCAAAAACUCCAGGCCCAGCGAGGCAUGUCAUCAAAAGCCAAAGUCGGCUCAUGGCUAGACAAGAGCGACGAGCCUAAGUCUGAGGCGUACGAGUCUGAAUCUGAAUCAGAAGAGCAGGUCAAGAAGGAGGUGGAGGACUACAACGAUGAUGAAGAUGAUAUAGAACCAACAGAAGAUGUCACUGGAAGAAGGGAGACGGACGUUGAUUGGGAAGCUCUUGGCCCGAGACUGAGGACAUCUCUUUUGGAUCCAAGCAGCAAGAGAAGAAGGGCUUUCCUUUCCCAAUACCUCUAUGUCUCUGAGCAAUCACCCCCACUGCCACAAGUCCCACUCGUCUUGACUGCUUUGCUUUCAACGCUCUCUUCGAUAACAGAUGUCGACCACUCUGAGGACAUUGUCAGCACCCUGAUACAACUCGUGGAUAGGGAUGAGAAGCUGGAGGAGGGCAAGCAGAAACUUGCAGACAAGCUCGUCAAGUGGGCCAGUAUGGAAGUUGACAAGGUCGCGAACCCUUCAAAGUCUGUCUCUCCUGUGACCCUUUUCCCCUAUCUCAUCAUCACCACCUCCCUUAUCUCUAAAUUAGCAUCGACCCGCGCACCUGUAGACCAAUUCGUUUCGUCCCAGCAAGGCCAGGACUUGUUCCUCAGCCUUGCCUUAGUCUUGGACGCCAUGAGGUUGGGAGAAAAGGAGAUCCACCGCGAAUCGAGAGUGAAGCGGAUCAGAAAGAAGGCCGGAAUACAAGUGUGGAGAGUACUGAGGCAAUUGCGACCAACUCUGUCUCAAGUAUUGCACUCCCUCGUCACUCGCACCUACUCGCAACCCUCUCGACUGGCGGUGCUCAUCACACACGUCAUUGGGGUUGCUCUGCGACUUAAACCUUUAAAGAAUGGAGAUGCGGGUGGAGCCGCUUCCGGCAGGGAAAUUGUCGAAAAGGAAAAGGACGCCAUAGUCAACUACUACUCUACCAACAUACUCGGAGCCAAGACUCACGUCACCCGUCACUCCUCUACGGCUUUCAACGAGUUCUUGGGAGAGUUUGUCUCGUAUCAAACUCUCUCUGAGAAGCUCAUCCCACAGGCUGAGAAGAUGCUUCUUCGGUCACCCGAAGUUGCGCUUGAACUCACCGCCGACCUUCUUUUGGCCUGCCCUCACGACGUCUCUGCCCUCGUGCCGGCCAAAUUGGUCAACUCGACCCUUUCUGCUUCCAAGUCAUCCAACGCCGAGACCCGAAGCAAAUCUCUCACCCUCUUGAAGGCCGUUAUCACCCGAUGCUCUGACGAAGCUGCCCAGGCCAAGGUCGCCAGCGAGAUCAUCGCUUUGCCCAAGGCCGGCAAGACCGCUAGCCCCGAGCAUCGUGCCAUCUUGUUUGCCAUGCUUUCCGAGAUUCCUGUCUCUGAUGCAGCUUCAUCCGUCGUCGUUGACGUUCUUCCCACACUUGUUGCGAAGGAAGCCAACGAAGCUGCAUUCCAAGCUCUUGGUGCUGCUCUCGGCCACCACCUUGCACACACGUUCACUUCCAACAAGGCCCUUGCUGCUGCUUCCAGCCAGGCGUUGGUCAAGGAGCUCGGCGCCACCAAGAUUGCCACCCGUCGAGGUCUUUCGAGUGCUGUCGGUCAAGCUAUUUGGACUGUCGGCUCGACAGGCCAGCAAUUCUCUGUUGAGGGUGAAAAGACCAUCAGUGCUCUCGUCCCCGCCCUCGAAAACAAUCUCAAGGCUGCUGCUGCAUGUCUGCCUGCCAACCCCGCUGGGUUCCUCGAAGGCUACGUCGCUCUUUCCCUCGCCCUUGGCGCCUUGAAGGGCAUGCCUGCCGCCGACAAGCUCAACGGCAGCCCUGUCAUGGAUGGCAUCCUGGCCGUUGCCCCCAAGCCCUCUUUUGUGCUUAACAGCAAUAUUCACUUGCGACUCCCCGCUGCUGAAGAUGAGUUGUGGCUUUUGAGGUCCCUGGAAGGCGUCGUCGCAACUCAGGGCUCGAAGAUCAACACCGACGCUGCCAAGGUUGCUAUCGGACUGGCUUUUAUCCAUCUAGCUUUCGAAGCGAAGAGCAGCGAGGUCAGGCGAGGUACCUUUGAGGCUCUCACCAAGCUGGUCAAAGUCCAGCCUCAGGUCUUGAGCAGUAUCAUUCGACUGGCUCUUCAAUCUUGGCUCAGGACCCGCGACGAGCGUCGUGCGUCUUACAAGCCAACAUCCGAGGAUGACGACCCCGUCUCCAGCAAGUCGCGAGAGAUUGGCCGUCUCCUCUCUUCCAUCUUUGUCGCCGGCCCCGAUGCCAGCAAAAGAGUCCUCGAGGACCUUGCGGUCGACUUUAUCGUGCUCGCCCAUCACCCUGAACUCACUUCCGAGGCUCAAACCAGCUGGGUCGGGCUCGUGCAGUCUCUGGGUCUCGACCCCGCUGCUGUUGCGAGGGAUGAAAAGGACCGGAUUUUGAACGUUCUGUGGGAAGCGGCUGCUACUCCCCCUGCCGAUCUCAGACUCGCUGAGGCAGCUUACCGUGCCGUCACCACCCUCGCCUUUAUUUCUCCGACCAUCUACGUUGACGCGUUUGUACAACAGAUCAAGUCUGACCUUGACCCCACUUCUCUCUACUUCAUUGGACUGGAGGAGCGUGGUAUCUGGGCUACCCCGCCUGACCAGACUUACGUAGAUGUCCUCGCGCAGAAGAAAGAUACCGGAGCCGAGAACAAGAACAGAAAGGGCUAUGCGGAUGACCAAUGGGAGCGCGAAGUUCGAGAGUCGCUUGCCAAAAAGCGAGCUGCUGCUACCGUCAAGCUUUCCAAGGCCGAGCAAGCCCUCGUAAACGCGCAAUUGGUCAAGGAGGCCGACACAAGGAGCCGGAUUCUAGAAGUCCAGGCCAAGUUGAAGCGAGGUGUCGAGCUUGUCAGUGCAUUGAGCAAGGCUGGUAGUGCCGAGGUCGGCCGAUGGGUUGGCUUUAUGGCCAAGAGCCUCCUUGACAGCGUCUUCGCUCACGGCAGCUUUUUGGUCGACUCGAGGGCCUUUGAUGUGUUCAUCGACCUCGGAAACCUGGGAUCAGACAGGCUGGGUGAGAAUCGUAGGAUGUUGAUGGCCACCAUUCUCCGAGCUGCCGAAGCUCCAAUGGUGCCUGCCGAUUAUCUCGAGGAGGCGAUUGGUGAGGUCACCACUCGCAUCAUGCACCAGCUUCACUUCAUCUCUGCUCAAACGUCCUUGGAUAGCGUGACCUACUCCAUCUUGACACUGUUGCUUUCAACGGUUGUUGAGAAAGGUGGGGUCGGAGUCGAGGCUCAGAGCGACGAGGCCCUUGAGCAAUUGACUCUAGUCGUUGCCAUUAUCGGCACGUGUGUCGGGGAAUUUGCCAACGAUGCUUACCCUCGCUACGACACCAUUCGAGCUCUCCUUCAUAUCCUUACCACCUACACCAAGCUCUCCAAGGACGCCGCGUCGGCCUUGUCUGACUUGGGUGCUGCUAUCAAGGAUGUUGCCACACACGACGAAAUUCGUGCACUCGUGGCUGGUACUCUCUCCAAAGAGUCAUAUGUCCGAAACGCCGCUCUCCAAGCUCUUCAACCUGUCGACAUCACCGACCUUGACUACCUCGAGGAACUCUGGAUCGCAAUGCACGACGAAGACGAGCAGAAUGCCAACCUUGCUACUCAUAUUUGGGAAGACAACGGUAUCGACUUGCCCGAGACCUACUUGAGCAGUCUCUUGCCGUAUCUCGGUCACGAAUCGGCGGCUGUCAGACUCGGUACCGCCUUAGCUGUAGCUGAGAGUGCGGAGCAAUAUCCAUCUCAAAUCGAACCCACUGUUCAGGGCUUGGAAGAGCUCUAUGUCGAAAAGGCCAAGCCUCUUGUGCCAGAAUACGACCAAUUCGGUAUGAUCAUUCCCGAGACAGUCAACAGACCCGAUCCCUGGGAGGCCAGGGUAGCCAUCGCUCUCGCUCUCGAGAAUACCGCUCCCCUCCUUUCGACUUCCUUGAUUGCGCCCAUAUUUGACUUCCUCAUCAAGCAGGAAACUCUUGGUGACCGAUCUGAGGCUGUUCGAAGUGCUAUGCUGAGCGCAGCCAUCAAGAUCAUUGAUCUGCACGGCGGCGACGCCGUCACCAGUCUAAUGAAGACCUUUGAGGACCAUUUGGGUGCCGACCUGCCUUCUAGCGAGACGGCAGACUACAUCAAGGAGGCUGUCGUCAUCCUUUUCGGUCGCCUCGCUCGACACCUCGACGACUCUGACCCUCGCGUACCCGAAGUGGUCAAUCGAUUGGUCGAUGCCCUCAACACUCCGUCAGAGUUGGUGCAAUCUGCUGUUGCCGAUUGUCUCCCUCCUCUGGUGCAAAACAUGGACGAGGAGUGCGAGUAUCUUGUGGACCGUCUUUUCUCUACCCUCACUACCGGAGCCAAGUACGCUGCUCGACGAGGAGCUGCUUAUGGACUGGCAGGUGUUGUCAAAGGCCGAGGUCUCUCGAGCUUGAAGGAAUACGAGCUUCUGGAGAAACUCACAGAUGCUGUGGAAGACAAGAGCGCGUUCCAGCCCCGUCAGGGUGCCGUCUUUGCCUACGAAACGCUCUCCGGCACCCUUGGCAAGGUCUUUGAGCCCUACAUCAUCCAGAUCAUUCCUCAUCUCUUGGCCUCGUUCGGUGACACCAAUGCGGAUGUUCGUGAGGCCACUCAGGAUUGUGCCAAGGUCAUCAUGUCCAAGGUAUCUGGUCACUGUGUCAAAUUGAUGUUGCCUACAUUGCUUGAUGCCUUGGAGGAGAAACAGUGGCGGACAAAGAAGGGUGCUAUCGAACUUCUCGGUGCGAUGGCGUUCUGUGCCCCACGACAACUCUCGUUGUCUCUUCCCACCAUUAUUCCUCACCUUACCGGCGUCAUCAAUGACUCUCAUGCUCAAGUCAAAUCCGCCGCCAACACGAGUUUGAAGCGAUUCGGUGAGGUCCUGAGUAAUCCUGAAAUCAAAUCUCUUCAAAACACCCUCAUCAAGGCUCUUGCGGAUCCCACGGCCAAGACCAACACUGCUCUCAGCUCCCUGCUCAAGACCACCUUCGAGCAUUAUUUGGACGCCCCCUCACUGGCCCUUGUCAUGCCCAUUAUCGACCGUGGUCUUCGUCAGCGAAGUUCCGAGACGAAACGAAAGUCUGCUCAGAUUGUCGGCAACAUGGCCUCUCUGACAGAGACGCGUGAUCUUGUCCCGUACCUCGAUCAGCUCAUGCCUCUGGUUCACGACGUUUUGAUUGACCCCGUGCCUGAAGCUCGAGCGACUGCCGCCAAGUCUCUCGGUACCCUUGUCGAGCGUCUCGGUGAAACCAACUUCCCGAACCUUGUCAAUGAGCUCCUCCACACCCUCAAGUCCGAUACCAGUGGAGUUGACAGGCAAGGUGCUGCUCAGGGUCUCAGUGAAGUGCUCUCCGGUCUGGGUAUGGAGAGGCUUGAAGGCCUGAUGCCAGACAUCAUUAGCAGCACUUCCAGCCCCAGGCCGUACAUUCGGGAAGGUUUCAUUUCCCUUCUUGUCUACUUGCCAGCCACUUUCGGUCAUCGAUUCGCGCCUCAUCUGGCCCGAGUCAUCCCUCCCGUGCUCAAUGGUUUGGCAGACGAGUCCGAGUAUGUGCGCGAAGCGUCUAUGCGUGCUGGUAAAAUGGUCAUCGCCAACUACUCUGGUAAGGCUGUUGACCUGCUCUUGCCCGAAUUGGAGAAGGGCAUGCUCGAUCCUUCAUGGCGUAUCCGACAAUCUUCCAUCUCUCUUACCGGAGAGCUGCUCUACAAGGUCACUGGUAUCAGCGGCAAGGUCGAGUUGGAAGAGGAGGAUGCUCCUACCCAGAGCGCCGACCAAGCCAGACGUGCGCUUUUGGAAGCUUUGGGCCCCGAAAAGAGAGACCGUGUCUUGGCCACGCUCUACAUUGUCCGACAGGAUGCUGUGGGUGUCGUCAGACAAGCUUCUAUUCACAUCUGGAAGGCCCUUGUGCAGAACACUCCCAGAACCACAAGAGACAUCUUGGGUAUUCUUAUGGAGACCCUCAUGUCCCUUUUGGGCAGCGCCCAUGUCGAGCAACAGGAGACUGCUUCUCGUACUCUUGGAGAACUGUGUCGAAAGAAUGGCGAGCGGAUCUUUGGCGAAAUCAUUCCCAUUCUGCAAAAGGCCGUCGGGUCGCCCGACGUCAGGGUCAAGGAAGGUGCUUGUUUGGCAUUCGCCGAUGUCAUGGCAUCCACCAACAAGGAAAUCAUUUCCCAGCACGAAGACGCCAUCAUUGCUUCUAUCCGGGCCGCGCUUGUCGACCCGGAACAGGCUGUGCGAAUCGCUGCUGCAAAGACUUUCGAUGCUGCUCAACACUACAUGGGUGCCAAGGCCAUCGACCAAACCAUUCCAACGCUCUUGGAAGCUAUGCGAACUCCUGGAGAGUCUUCCGAAACUGCCUUGCAAGCCUUGCAGGAGGUCAUGAGUGUUCGAGCCAACAGCGUCUUCCCCGUACUCAUUCCCACUCUGAUUGCUCAGCCUAUCACUGCCUUCAACGCUCGGGCUCUUGGCCAGCUCGUCAAGGUCGCAGGCUCGGCUCUCAACAAGCGUUUGGACACUGUCCUAAAUGCCUUGGUACUCUCUUUGGAGAAGGAGAAGGACGAGGAUGUGUUGGAAGAACUCAACGAGGCCGUCUCGUCCUUGUUGGAGUCGGUUGAGGACCCUGAGGGUGUCCACGUUCUUGAGAUGCUGCUCAUUGGCUGGGCCAGGGAUGUCAACCCCACAAGGCGAGCUACUGCUUGUAAGAUCUUUGGCACUUUGUGUCAAGUCAGCGAGGCGGACACUGAGGAAUACCGAGUCGAUUGGAUUCGAGUCCUCAUCUCGUUGUUCGAUGACACCACGGAGGAAGUCGUCGCUGCCGCCUGGGAAGCCCUGGACCACUUUGUCAAGACUGUCGACAAGAGCGAGCUCGAGGAUCUCGUCGUUCCUCUUCGACGCAGCAUCGAAUCUGUCGGUGCCCCUGGUCGACCCGUACCCGGUUUCUCAAGGCCCAAGGGCGCCCAAUCCGUCGUUCCCAUUUUGUUGGGCGGUGUCCUCAGUGGCACUCAAGAGCAACGAGAGCAGGCGGCUUUGGGUAUUGGCGAGCUUGUGCAGCGGACUACCGAGGCUGCUAUCAAACCUUACAUCAUCCAGCUUGCUGGACCUCUUAUUCGUGUCAUUUCUGGUCAGGCCAUUGCUCCCCAGAUCAAAACCGCCAUUCUUUCGACCCUCACCGUCCUUCUCCAAGAGGUUCCUCAAUUGGUCAAGCCCUUCCACCCCCAGCUUACCCGAACCUUCGUCAAGUCGGCGCAAGAUCCCACUGCCCUGUCCGUCCGAAACCGUGCUGCUGUCGGUCUUGGUGAAUUGAUGAAGCAUCAGCCUCGUGUUGACCCUCUCAUCACCGAGCUUAUUGGCGGUGUACGAUCUAGCGAUAGCGACAUUGCUCCGUCAAUGGCGAAUGCUCUUGCUGCUGUCUGCACUAGCGCCGGCAAGAACAUCGGUGAUGCCGCCAAGGCAGCCAUCGUUGAGCUGGUUGAAGAGUUCUUUGAGGACAAACACCACGACAACUACAAUUUGGCCAUCUCUCGUGUUGUCGCUGGUCUCGCCAAGACAGAUUCCGAGGCUAUCCGGCCAAUCAUCGAAACAUUCAUCACGCCUGCCCUCCCGCCAACGGCGCUUGUGAGCGCGAUGAUUGUGACUAUUUUGGAGGAGUCCCCAGACGCUUUCUAUGAGCUGGAUUGUGUGGAAGACGUCGUGAAGAGGGUGAUGGCUAGUAUCAGCGCAGACAACGCGUCUGCUGCCAGGCCGGCAAGGGAGAGUAGAGACCUCAUGAGGAAGGGGAGGUUCGGGGACGACGCCGAGGUCCAGGCGUUGUUGCGUUGAUGAGAUAGAUAAACAAAAGGUUGUGACAUAAUGGAUGCCUCAAGGCAAACAGUAGUAGAUUAACGUUGUUCAUGCAAAUUGCACAUAUAG